GAAGUGGUUCUGGGAAUGUAUCCUCAGCACUCGGAUCUACGAUUUUGAGCGUUUUGUCGCGCCCUGUCGGCAACCAUCUUAUUCUCCAGCACCUUCGCUAUGGUGACACAACAAUAGAUAAAAAGCUAGCGGGAAGAGGUGGUUUUUCUCUAAUCCUACUCUUAAGAUCUAACUUCUGCGCACACACAAAAUGCGCUCCUUCACUCUGUCAUUUCUGUCAUCUGCGGCGUUCGUAACCGCCGGAAACGUAAUAUAUGAGGGCAGGAUACCUCUGAACUAUACCCCAGCCCAGCUCGAUGCUAGUGCCCCCCCUUUUACUACCGUUGUGAAGGGGAGUGGCAAUGCUAGUCAUUACAGCCACCUGCUAGGCCCCAAAUACCACUCCACACCCCUUUGGGGAUCAUACCCUGAACAGUCUAUCGCCAUUUUAAUCCGUAACUCCUCCGUAUUUGUUCCUGGGGGCAACGUUACGAACAGUCAGUUCGGAUUUCGACGAACGGAGCUUAUUGCCCAGAGUCAAAAUCGAAGCGCGUUUGAAGUUGGCACCACAGUCUUUCAUGUCAGCAUAAUGGCGGAUCACAAGCAUAAGUUGAAUUACAAACAUGAAUACCAAAUUGUCUUCGUCGAGCCCAAAGAUGGCACCCAUGUUUUCGCCAUAAAUCUAGGGACGCCAUUCAAGAUCCCUUCUACGACAAAGCCCGAUCCAUCCGCUCAUCACUUCAAGGUCCUUGAUCAUGCGGGAAAUAUAAUCUUCACUACCCCCAUGCGUAAAAGUCACUGGCACAAUUUCGCCAUUCAGGUUGAAUGGGACGCAAAAACUCUAGCUGUAUUCUUCUCCCACAACAGCGAAGUCCUCGAAUCAGUUACGUGCUUAGUCGAUAACGACUCAACCUCCAGUGGGGCCGCUGGUCAGGGGGAUUUCCAUUGGGGAGUGCUCAAGUUGCCUUUGGCCGACCCUCGGGACACUCCGGCCCAACAAUCCAAUGUGCCUCAUCACGGCAUUCAGGAAGGAACAACGGAAGGACUGGUUUUUUCGGGUGUGUUCAUCGAGGACGUGGUGGGUGGCGUCAGUACCAGCCACAACACCACGGCACCCGCUGUGUAAAAUAGCCCGAGCCCGAGCCCGACCUUCAACAUGGUUUAUGAUUUGCACAAUGGGAUUACUAGCACAG